AUGGCCACUAUGAUUUCACAAAAAAACGCCCUGUUAUUCACCGCCGCCACGGGCUUCGGCUACGGGCUGCAGUUCAUGCCCGAACUUCCGAGUGCGUCGACGGACCGCGCGAAUGCGUUCGGAGAAUUGACUGAAUUACCGUUGCGCGCGUUCGCGCAGCCGAUGAUGAAGUACUACGGUCUUAAGAGCACCGUUAUCUCUGACUUUAUGAUGCACGCGACCGGAAUCAUGCUCUUAACGUCCAUGGUCGCCCUCGUGUACGUCGCGAGGACGCAAUCCGAGCCGACGCUGCACCGAUUCACAUUCGCGCAGAUGAUCGGAUGCUUCUCUCGCAUCACCGUUAUGUCGUGCCACGGCGCCAAGUCGCGCAUCGGUGGUCUUCAAGUGACCAAGGAGCUCGCGAUGGGAUCCAAGGUGGGCUUGCUCACGUUUAUCUUGCUCGCCGAGUCGCAACGCGGUACGACGCGUCUUACUCCGAUGCGCAACUUUAUCACGGAUUCCAAGACUGUCAAGCAAAAGAUCAUCGCCGCCUCUUUGCUUAUGGAGUUGUACUACAUGCUCAUGCUUCACUUCGGCGACGCCACCGUCGCGGGCUGGUUCUCGUCCAAGAUCAAAGCCACCGAUUAUAUCGCAAUCCACUGGACCGCCACCAUCGGCUUUCUUCGCUGGAUGGGCACAAUGAAGAUGUUCACCAUCCUUCCCGAGGAAUCUCUCGGCACCGUGGCCAAGUUCCACGCCGUGGACAACUUGAUGAACCUUUACAUGAUGCGUAAGCACGCCGCCGCCUUCAAGGCUGCCGAGUUCACGAAGCACUUCACCAUGGGCGUCGCCCGACUCGGCGCCACGCUCUUCGCCGCCAUGUGA